AACUCGUCAAUUAUAUUGUAAUGUAGGCAUGCAGCAACAACGACAAGGGGUCAGGGGGGACAACGCGUUUUGGCGGUUAAAAGCGAUGAAUUCGUUGUGUUUGUGUUGUCGACGCCAUCGCGGCCUGCCUACAUUGUCUACAACGUCAUUGCUCCGUUGCGCCCCGCCGGUUUCGUACCUCCGUACCGUUCACUCGCAGAUCCGCACCGGUCGACUACUGCACGACGUUGCCGCUAAGAUUAUUUCUAAGACUCGAGCAGACAUGGCCGUCAACAAAAACUGCAGCCGGCCGUACACGGUGUUCGUCGAGGGUAACGUGGGCAGCGGAAAGACAACGUUUCUGGAACAGUUCGCCGACUGCCCGAACGUGUUCCUCGCCAAGGAACCUGUACACAAGUGGCAGGACGUGCGUGGCCACAACUUUUUGGGACUGAUGUACGAGGACCCGAAACGGUGGAGCUUCGCGUUCCAGUCGAUCGUGCAGAGRACCAUGUUGGAACUGCACCAAGCCAGGCCAGAACUUCCCGGUCAGAACAUCAAGAUAAUGGAACGGUCCAUCUACAGCGCCCGCAAUAUAUUUGUUGAAAACUUAUACAAAGACAAUCUAAUGGCAGCUCCUGAAUAUUCUGUGCUAGACGCAUGGUAUAAGUGGCUAAUAGAAAAUGUUCAAAUUGAAUCUGACCUCAUAAUUUAYCUGAGGACUGAUCCAAAAAUAGCUUACCAAAGAAUCAAAACCAGAAAUAGAUUUGAAGAAAAAGACGUUUCAUUGGAAUACAUACAACAUUUACAUGAAUUGCAUGACAAGUGGUUAAAUGUACACAAUACUGACGUACCAAAGAAUAUACCUGUAGUGAUUGUUGACGCUAAUCAAAGUAUGGAUUUAGUUAGAAAGCAAUUCAAAGGUAUUAAAAACCUUAUAACUAAAAAUGCAUCUGCACUUGAAGAGCCAAAAUUAUGUCCUACAAAUUCUGAAAUUGGUAAAAAUAUAAAUGACAUUCACAUCUCAKCUAAUUGUAAAUUGAUAUCAGACUCGACCAUUGUUCCAGCUCAAAGAGUCUAAUUUAAACAUUCUUUUCUUUGUCAAAUGAAACAUUUAAAACCUAUAUAUUUUUUACUUUAUAUUUUUAUACUUAUAUUUUCAUUUAUGCUUUUGAUGAAAAAAAUUAAAAUAUUGAAUAAGGGACGUGGAUUUCACUAGGUAUCCUAUAUAUAUUUUGUAAUUAUAUAUUAUAUAGAUGAUACGUAUUUGCAAUAUGAUUAGUUAAAAAAUCUAUAUAUUUAUACUUGUAAAAAAUUAUUAUUAUUUACUAUUAUUUUUUUUUUUUAGUAUUAUAAAAUUAUUUUUUUUGUUUAAACUGCACACUUGAAAUAUCUUUUAUUGACUUCAGCACAUUUCAUUCAAAAAUGUUUGUAAGCAAAUUUAUUCAUUUCUAGUUUCUACAUCUGACAAUACUAGAAUAAAGUAAAAAUUACUUGAUA